UCCUUGGUCUUCUUAUUCUUCAUGGCUCAGCUCUGAAGAUGUUCCUGUGCUGUUGGCUGGUUCUGGGGGCUCUCAUCCCCGCAACCUUAAGCAUCGAUCCUGGAGUAAAGGUCAGGUUGACAGAAAAAGGCAUUGAAUAUGGCAGGCAACUGGGCAUGGCUGCCAUGCAGCAGAAACUCAAUUCUAUCCAAGUUCCAGACUUUUCAGGGAAAGAGAGGGUGUCUCCGAUUGGAAAAGUCCGGUACAAUUUGUCAAAUAUACGUGUAUUGAAGGUGGGAAUACCAAAGUCUUCAGUGGAUCUGGUGCCAGGGACUGGAGUCAAAAUGUCUAUAGGUGAUGCCUUCAUCAGUCUGAAUGGAAGGUGGAAGGUCAAGUACCUGCGAAUAAUAAAGCACAGCGGGUCUUUUGAUUUGAAUGUGAACGGUCUCAAUAUCGCUACAACCAUCUCCAUCAAGACUGAUGAGACAGGCCGACCAGCAGUCAGUAGUGACAGCUGCUCAGCUGCUGUUGGAAGUGCAAAGGUCAAGUUCCAUGGUGGAGGGAGCUGGCUGUACAAUCUCUUCACAAGGUUUAUUGAUAAGGCUCUGCGCAAUGCAAUGCAGAAACAGAUCUGCCCUCGGGCCACCAGUGUAGUAUCUGAUUUAAACCCUCAGCUGAAAACUCUCAAUGUCUUAGCCAAGGUGGACAAGUAUGCAGAGAUUGAAUAUUCCAUGGUAUCAUCACCGACUGUUUUAAAGUCCUCAAUAGAUCUGAACUUGAAGGGGGAAUUUUACAACAUCGGGAAACAUCAGGAGCCUCCGUUCUCACCAGCGGCCUUUAACCUGCCACCCCAGAACAACAACAUGUUGUAUAUCGGCAUGUCUGCCUUUACUGUCAACUCUGCAGCCUUCGUCUACAACAACGCUGGAGUCCUCAGCCUGUCCGUCACUGAUGACAUGAUACCAAAAAGCUCUCCAAUCCGACUCAACACCAAUACAUUUGGAGUCAUUAUCCCAGGGAUUGCUAAGCAGUUCCCAGGUCUGAUGAUGAAGCUGCUGAUGAAGAUGGAGAAAAUCCCCACACUGACCUUUGAGACCAACAACGCAUCAGUCCAGGCCACCACCACAGUGACGGCCUUUGCCAUCCAAACCAACUCUACUCUGUCGCCUCUUUUUGUCCUGAAUUUGGAGGCCAGCGUGAGUGCCCGUAUGUUUGUCAGUGAAAUGAAGUUGGCUGCAGCUGUCACCCUCAACAAAAUGGAUCUGACCCUGGCCAAGAGUAAUGUGGGGGACUUUCAGGUCAGUGCUCUCAAUAGCAUCUUACAAGUGGUCUUCAAAUGGGUGGUGAUACCCACAGUUAAUGUCCAACUUGCUAAGGGAUACCCACUGCCCACAAUUGGAAAGAUGAAGCUUGUGAACACCCAGCUUAAUGUGCUGAAGGACUACAUCCUGAUUGGGACAGAUGUUCAGUUCAGCUGAACUGCACUCCUGAAAACUCCCAGGAGUCUUUUCUGCAUUCUGGCAUUCCUCCAUGAAGACACAAUUACACUCAGAGUACGAUAAUCUGGCAGAAAUUUCCAAGAAAAAGCUAAAUAAGUAUUACUUCUGACAGCAGUCAGAAUAUUGUAUGUAUUGGUUCUCCUCUGAAGUUAACCAUUUCUAUAUUUAGUGCGUAUGGACUUUUUCAAUAUGAGUGAAAUGAGUUGCCAAGGACGUCAUCACACAUGGUUUCAUGGGCUACAUGAAGCUACAUGACAUUAACGUUAGCAGCCAAGACACAGUUGCCCAGCUAGCUGUAACCAAGCUAGCUGCAUAAUUUUGGCAUGGGUCAUUUGUAACAAUAUUUUGGCAAAAGAAAGCUAAGCUACUACUUCAGCCCUGCAGUCUGAGUUAACCUUUUUCUCUCAAGACUACAUUUUGACAUAUAAGUCAGCUUAGAAUUUACCUUAGUUGGGAUUAGAAUUGGACUGUAGAAUUUACCUUAGUGUGUCGUCCAGCUAAUGUUAGCUAACACUUGCUUCCCUGUUUGCUUUUUGUAAGUUACCUUACAGCAUGUUCAGACAUUGGCAAUUUAGAGUGCUUAAUAAAUGACAAAGUCACA